AUGGCUGUUGUUGUUCUCUCCUGCCUGUUGGGGGCAGUAUUCCUGAGGACCCAUAAGACCCUGGAGUCUGUUGACCCUCAGUUCACCAUGAGGAGGAAGAUGGAACAGCUGAGAGAAGAGCUGGAGCUGAUGGAACAACUCAGAGACGUGAGAGCUUCUCUCUCUUUCUCGCUUCGGGAAGUCAACUCCCCAGUAUUAGCAUUAUGUCCUCAGUUUGUGUGUGUGUUAAGGUGUGUUUUGAACCCUCUUACCCCUCCUGUCUCUCCUCAGAGCAUAGAGAGCAGACUGAAGGUGGCACUUCCUGAAGACCUAGGCUCCUCCCUCAUGGAUGGGGUGGUGCUCUGCCAUCUGGCCAAUCACAUUCGCCCACGCUCUGUGGUCAGCAUCCAUGUGCCCUCGCCUGCUGUGGUACGUCUGGGGGUCAAUGAGGGGUUAAAAAGGGAUAUGUGGGAAUGGGUGAUUCUUUGUGUUAUAGACAGUUAUAGUCUCCGUUGAGCUCUGUGUUCUGUGUGACCCUGUGUGUGACCCCGCAGCCCAAACUCAGCAUGGCCAAGUGUCGGCGGAACGUAGAGAACUUCCUCGAUGCCUGUAGGAAGAUGGGCGUUCCCGAGGUGAGACACACCCCCUCCUUUCUGUUAGAUAGUGGCACCUCAUUGAUCCUGAAUCAGCCACUGUAUUUCAGAUUCACUGUUAGAGAUAGGAUUUAACUGAGGUAAACUGAUCUUCGAUCUGUUAAUAAUUUGAAUAAAAGCUACAGUGCAUCAUUGGGUUUGGAAUCAAGUUGUGGGUGGGCUGAUUGGGGAUCAGUGAUGCACACAGCCUGUAUAGAACACAGAUACUAUACACACUAGUAUGGAGGGUCAGAAAAGGCUGGGUGCUAGUGCUGGGAUGAAACUAGACCAUUUGAGAAGUCUACAACUUAUUUAUUUUAUACGGUAGUACAGUUCUAGGAUAUGUAUUUGACAUCGGGACCAAACCCCUUUAUACUCAUCACUCAAAACAAUCUGCCCAGUCGGAGCACAUAGUUUGAUCCCAGAACUGGCACAUUUAGCCAAUCACCUUCCCAUCCCCCUCUACUCCUCCUCUGAGUGAGUGUAAAAUGUAUGACACAAGCAUUAAAGCUGCAUCUUCAUCAUCAUCAUCAUCAUCACACUGGACUAUGCUGUCAUCAUCACUACCCACUACGGCUUUGGGCUUCCUUUAUACUUUAGAACUUUGACCUGGCUCUUGUCUGGUUCUGACCCCAGCUAGUGCCAAAGAAAAAAAUGAAUUUAACAGGAGCUGGUGUGCUGUCAUUCCUGCAGAAAAACAUGGCAGAAAUGUUAUGUCAUUUACUUGACUGAAAGAUGUCCUGUGUGCAUGGGAUGGUAACAUAAUAUAAUAUAUAUAAUAUAAGUGUGCUUGUGUGUGAGUAUCAAAUUGACCCUGGUGACUCAUUACUGUGUUGAUUUCUCCUUUAGUAAAUAGUCAGUAAUUAUGACAGUGGUAGUGGAACUCAUUAUUUGAUCUUACCCUGGUGUAGUAAUCCCUGCUGUGUUUGAGUAGCCUGCUGGGACUGUACAGUAGAAUACACAGUAUUACCAAUACCAACAGUGAGACUGUUUGAGACCUCUUGGCUGCUUCCUUAGACCCCCUGCUUGCUUGCUGAUUCUACUGCUGCUUGCUGGCUGAAAUGUCACUGCCUCGCUGAAACAGGUGCUUUGCGCUGGAUUGAAAGCUAAUGCAAGUGAAGGCGUAGCUGGCUAACACCACCCGCACCCUCAUUUCUCCUAAAGCUCCACACCCCAGCAUGGCCUGCUUUCUGAAAGAGAGACAGAGUUCAGUUUCAGUUUUAUAAAUUUAAGUCACACACUCUCUCUCAAAAAGCAGACCUGCACGUUACCCACGCCUGCGCCCUGCACAUAAACACACACCUUGACCCCUGACCUCUGUUUCCACCGGGUAACAUCCUGCCUUGUUUCUCUCUGUUCUAUUUUCCUGCCGGACCACCCUCCCUCUUCCUUCUCUUCCUCUCCUCUGCACCUCUUCCCCUUAUUUGUCUUUUCCUGGCACUCCCUUCCCAUUUCCUCCUUCUUCCUAUGGUAUUUUCUCUCCUCUCCUCUGUUCUUCUUCCCUCUCUCAUUGUUCUCCGACACUUCUAUCUGACUGGAUUUCUCUUCUUCAUGUGCAAUAUCCUUUGAUGUUCCUCUGUGACUCCUUUCAUCCAUCUGUAUCAUUCUUUCCCUCGUUUUCCAAUCCUUCUCCUUUCAUCUUUAUUCACCUUGUAUGUUUCCUCCUCUUCCUCCUUGGGCCCUCAGUCUUCCCUCUGCUCAGCUUAUGACAUCAUCCAGUGUCACCUGCGGCCGAUCCGUGUUACCGUGUGCGCCCUGGUCACCAUGGAGACCCCCACAGAGGGGAGGGACUCAGACAGACAGGGGGAGGGCCCAAACCCUGCCCCCGAGACUUCUACACAGGUGGCCCAGGCUCCGCCUCCAGCAUGGCAGCCGUGGGACCUGAUUUGCUCGAGCCUGUUACACGUGUUCUGUCUCCUCCUGCUGUUUGUGGCCUAUAGCUGGAGCGAGUUGACGUAACACCACCUGUCAAUCUCCUGUCAAAGCCCGCCCUGCCCUCCGCAUUUGCCAACACUUCUCCUCCGCAAUCCUCCUCUUUUUCUUCAACCUCUUGUUUCUGUGCUCUUCUCCUCUGUCCGGGAAAACUACUAAUUCACACACACACAACAGUGUCUCAUACACAGUUGCAUUCAUGCACAAAUUGCAGAUGCGCACCAUUAAACUCCAAUAAAUACUGACUCACAACCUCACACACAUGCAUUCAUAUACUGUCCCCACCAAUACUGCACAUUCCAACUGUUGAAAAGAAGCCUGGAGCUUGUACACGAGUUACCUGAAGUCUCUCUACAACUCUUUGGCCAAUGCGUCAAAUCAAGCCUGUCAUGUUGGACUGUUCGUUUUAUUAAUGCCCUCUGGGGUCACAGACAUGUCGUAUGGGGUCAUACACACUGAUUCCCCAUGUGGUCAUACAGUCUCUUGGUUCCAUACAGCCUGUCUAGUUUGGGUCCAGUCCAGGUAAGCACAGAGCACUAGUACAGCUCCUCUAUCAAGCUGGAUCUUGGAGCUUUUUUGUCACAUUGGUCACUCUCUUCAAGACACAUCAGAUACAGUAUAACAACUGUAUUAUUUAUACCUGUACGUCUGUUUGAAGGAAAUGGCAACGCUCAAUAGUAAUGCCAUCCAUGACACAAAGACACAACAAGCAGUGAAUAGGUUUGGACCUAAUAAACACACCACUUAUGACUAGACUGUAAUAUGUCACACAGCACACUGUCACUAAAUAAAGUUCAAUAAUCACGUCACUACUGCACAUCUCUACCACUCAACCAUCUACGUUACUCUCGGACUACUAUAGUUGAUUUACCCUGGGGGAGUUACAUUACUAAGGUACAGUAUGUAUACGUUUUGGGCCAACUGUUGUACUAUUCUGUCGUGGUUCAAGCCAUAUAUUCAUUUUCUUAUUUUAAAACCUCAAGAAGGUACUUUGGAUGGAAGUUUAUUUUACCCAAGCACCUGGACUGAAUACAAGGUGUGCAAUGAUCAUUUCUAAACAUACAAUCAUUUGCACAUGCAAUUUUACAGAACUGACUAAUCUGGAGGUGUUAUGUUGAAGGGCUAGUGAAUAUGAUAUGUGAACUGUACUAUACUGUACUAGAAGCUCAUUCAUUUAUAUGAGAGCUUUGAUACUUUGAGGCCAGCAGUGCUGCUACUGUCCAUUGAUGUAUGUCUGUAGUUGAAUUUAAAGCAAUGAGGGUUAACCUAAUUUUCUAACUUAAUUUAAAAGCCAUGGAUGUAGUGUCCAAAGUUGCCCCCAAACUGCCCAUCCAUUUCUAUCCAUAUUUUCCUUUUAACUCGGAUGCCAUGUUAGCUUAUUCACUGUUGUCAGGUCAACCUCGCCAGUGACUGCAAUUGGUACGCCAUUACUGUAUACUAUUAGUUGGGUGUGUUUUAACUCGUAGUCGGUGCUGAUUUUGAUGGACCUUGAGGCUUUUUCUGACUUGUAUAUCUGAUGGUGUGAAUGGAACUGGUAGUAAAUGUACAGUUUGGGGUUAUUUCCAUCCUCUCUUCUAUUCUGUCUCUGUGUUGCUGUUCUCUGAAGGAGGAUGAUGAGUUCAGUGCUGUUCAGAUUCUUCAUAUAGGUUAUUCAACAUACUUCCACACACAACUGUACUGUCUGUAUGUUCACUCAUCACCAUAGUUGCAUUGAGGGGUCUUUUUGAUUUACUUGUUGUUUUUGCUGCCUCCUCGUCCAUCUCUCUAUUUCUGUCCCACUCGCUCCCUAUCUCCUCUCCCUCCUCCCCCCACUCUCUCUCCCUCCUCCCCCCACUCUCUCUCCCUCCUCCCCCACUCUCUCUCCCUCCUCCCCCCCACUCUCGCUCUCUCUCUGUUUCCCUUCUUUCUCUUUCUCUGUGUUGAACCUCCAUAGGAUAAGCUGUGUCUGCCUCAUCACAUACUAGAGGAGAAGGGUAUGAUCAAGGUGAGCAUGACGGUCCAGGCGCUGGUGGAUGAGACCUCAACCAAGCAGGCUCUCUUC